AUAGGUGUACUAUUCACAAGGCAAGCAACUGCCUAGUCAGACAGUACAAACGGAGGUGGUUUUUGUUUUGCUAAACCUUGCGAUAGAAGACAUUAAAAUUUAAAUAUAUUUUGGUUUGAAAUUAUUUUGUGUAUAACUUAGGCCAUAAUAGUGUGAGAAAAUGCCAUCUCUGAGGAAGAAGUUAAUGUUUCUGGGAGGAUUUUCUGUCAGUCUGGGGACUUGCAUGUUAAUAUCUGCAAUAUUAGCAACGGAUUCAUGGGUUGACACUGCAGUAACCUGCGAGAAUAAAAGUGGUGAUGCAGUCGGAGAAAUGAACCUUAAGUAUGGAUUGUUUAAUGGACUACGUGAAAAAUCUGGUUGUCCAAUUUUCAUACCUGAUGGCACUAUAAAAGUUUUGGAAUGUUUUAAAAAUGCAAACACUGCAAGAGUAAUCCACAUCCUAGUUAUCCUGUUCAUUGUGCUUGGGAUGUUGUUUACACUGCUAAGUGCCAUAGUCACCCUGUAUAAUAGCAUCAGUAAUCCAUAUGAGAACAUCUGUGGGCCAGUCGGAGUUUACACCUGUAGCUCCAUAAGUUGUGUUUCAACAUUUCUGGCAAUGGUUCUAUUUGCAGUGAAUACAUCAGUGAACAAUUUAUCCACAGUAUUGAUAAGCAAUUCAAUUCAAGAAGGCCUGGCCACAUUCAGGCUUAAGGUUGAUAAUUAUGAUUAUUCAUUUUGGCUUAUCUUGCUGUCUUUGGCUCUUAAUGUCACUACAAUUGGAAUUGUCUAUGCAUAUCAACAUGCAAAUUAUACAAGAGAAAGAGAACAGAAAAGACCGAUGGAAAUCGCCCCGAAGGAUGUUUUGAUGUAUUAAUUCCAGAUUAUAACUGAGUAUUAAAUGAUUGAUGAAAGAAAAAAAAUGAUAAACAAAUACAUUACAGAGUAUGUGCCAGAUAAUCUGGUAAACUUUACACUGAUGAUGCGAUUAUGAUAAAUGCGAUUUGCAGAGAUAAUGUCAGAAUUAUCAUUCCUUUACUUCAACAUAUUCUCUAAACAAAGCAUAAUUUGUGUUCCUAUCUGCCACCAACAUUUGACAAAGAGAUCCAAAAUGGAAUUAAUAAUUUUGCAAAAACACCAGAAAUUAUAAAAGAGAAAAGUACUGCUUGGGAAUAAUUUUCAAUUUUUUGAAGUUGAGACAAUGAUUAUAAAGUGUACUGAUCUUAACAUCAGGAUAUGUGAUGGUUGAAUUGACCUAAACUUUGUAUUAAUUUGUAUACUUAUAUGAUUAUCUUUCCCACUAGAAUGGGUCUUAGGAAGGAUAUAUUGGUCUCAGAGAGAGUACAGCGUAAGUUUAUAAGAAUGAUAUCCAGACUUUAGGAUUUAAGUUAUGAAGAGCGAUGAUACAAAUUAGGCCUAUUUUCUCUUGAAUUUGAAAAGGUUAAGGGGUGAUUAGAUGACCUAAGGGGCAACUUGUUCAUGCAGAGGGUGGUACGUGUAUGGAAUGAGCUGCCAGAG